GGGCGCCCGGCGGAGCGUUGAAUGGGGCGCCGCAAGGCACGGCCGGGCUUUGUGCAGCGAGCCCGCGGGCACCCCUCCCGCUCCAGCCUCGCCCCGCCCCGCCGCCCACGACCCCUGCUGCCCGGGAGCCAAGAGCCAGCGGCCGCCCGAGACUCGGGAGAGAGCGACGCAAGGUCGGCGGCUGCGGCCGGAGGGCGCCCGUGUGCCCGGUGCGCGGCGGGGACUGCAGCGAGCUCGCUGGAGGGCUCCCUGGAAUAAUCUAGAAGUUGAUUCCAUCAUGGCAGAACUCAAGGUGGAUGUGCGGGCCAGCGUAGACUGGCAGAAACGCUGCCUGGCUCUGGAAACCCAGCUUUUCCGGUUCCGACUACAGGCCAGUAAGAUAAGGGAGCUGCUGGCUGACAAGAUGCAGGAGCUGGAGCGGAGGCUGCUGGAGGCAGAGCAGAGAGCAGAGAACGCCGAGACCCAGGUGGGUGUCAUGGAAGAGAAGGUAAAACUGUCCAAUCUGAAGAAUGUGGACUCUCCAGGCAGCCUGUACCAGAAAUACCAAGAAUUGCUGAAAGCCAUGCAGGGCAAAGAUGAGCUCAUCCGCCAGCUGGAGGCUCAGCUGGAGAAGCAGAAGCAGAUGAGAGCAGAGGAAGCAAAAACUGUUCAAGAAAAAGCUGCAAAGAUCAAGGAAUGGGUGACACUCAAGUUAGCAGAGCUUGAGAUGGAGAAUCAGCAUCUGAAAAGCUGUAAUCAGUGCCUGGUGGAGCAGGUGGGAGCCCUUCAAGAUGCGCUAGAAGCUAUUCAGAUAGCUCCUUCACGGAAGCUGCUGGUGCCCCCCCACGGAGCUGCAGAGCAGGAUUCUGUCCCUUCAGAGCCAGGCAUCCAGCCUGUGGGCCAGGACAGUGGCUCCCAGGCCCAGGGUCUGAAGGCAGCUGUGCUUGCACCUUCCCCAGGUGCCCUGCAGAGCAAGGACUCUGUUUCUGAAGCAGCAAGCCCCUUGGAGGAUUCUAUUUCCAGCACGGUCCAUUCUGGGGAAGUAAUAGAGGCCAAGCCCCUUCAACCUCAUCUGGGAAGAGAGGGCUGUCCCCGCCAGCCAUGCAUGAAGCUUCGAACCUUCAGAUGUGGUUCAGCUUCCUGGGGUGAGCGUCUGGUUACCGCUCAGAGAGGGACGCUCCCUGGUACAAGGACUUCUGCCAAAGAAGGUGGCCCUGGCAGCAGUCUGACCCUACCAAUAGUGCGGGCUCCUAACACCCCAAGGGACAGUAUCCAGUUGGCCAAAAGGCACCACAGCCAGCCCCAGGUGGGCCAUGGACACUUUGACCACGUACUGAGCAUUGAGAUUGGGACCUUCUCAGCACUCCACCCCUCUGGCCUUCCUGAGCUGGAGGCCCGAGCUGGGUACCGGGAUGAACCAGAGAAGAUGGAGAUGGAGGAGCCACCCCCAGCAGGGAAGAAGGAGGAAAGAGAGAGCCCAAAGGCCCUUGGAGCUGAGCCGGAGGAAGUGGAGCCGGGUAGCAAGCCACCUACACCCCCACUGCACCAGUUACCACCCUGGGAGAGCCGGAUCUAUGCUGUGGCCACAUCAGGCAUGCGGCUCUCAGACGCGUCUCCCAGAAGUAAUACUGCCUGCUGCGCUUCAAGCCCUCCUGCCCUUGCUUCCCCUGGGUCUUUCUCUGGCCUGGUCUACAAGAAUGUCACUGUGCCUGUCUACACAGCUCUGAAGGGGAGAGCCACGCAGAUCAGCAACGUGCCCUUUAUGGAUGAAUCCUCUGGGUCCGACGAUGACUGCAGCUCUCAGGCAAGUUUUCGAAUCUCGGUCCCCGGCUCCGAGUCCAGGAAGACCAGCGGACUAGGCAGCCCCCGGGCCUUCAAGAGAGGCGUCUCCAUGUCUUCACUGAGCUCCGAGGGUGACUACGCCAUCCCCCCGGACGCCUUCUCACUGGACGGUGACUACUCAGAGCCUGAGCACAAGCUGCAGCGCACCUCAUCCUACUCCACCGACGGGCUGGGCCUAGGCGGGGAGUCACUGGAGAAGUCAGGCUACCUGCUGAAAAUGGGGAGCCGGAUGAAGACGUGGAAGAGGCGCUGGUUUGUCCUGAGACAGGGACACAUUAUGUACUACAAGUCGCCGAGUGAUGUCAUCCGGAAACCUCAAGGCCAAGUGGAUCUGAACUCCCACUGCCAAAUUGUUCGAGGGGAGGGUUCACAGACGUUUCAGCUCAUCUCUGAGAAGAAAACCUACUACCUGACAGCUGAUUCACCCAGCCUGCUGGAGGAGUGGGUCCGAGUACUCCAGAGCCUUCUGAAGGUGCAGCCCACCGGGCCUCCAGCCCUGCCACAGGGCGGCACCAAGCCCACCGUCAAGGGCUGGCUGACCAAGGUAAAGCAUGGCCACUCCAAGCUGGUCUGGUGUGCUCUUGUCGGGAAAACUUUCUACUACUACCGGAGCCAUGAGGACAAGCGACCCCUGGGCUGCCUGCCUGUGCGGGACGCGCGCGUAGAGGAAGUAGAUCGAUCCUGUGACUCAGACGAGGACUAUGAGGCUGGAGGAACCAGACGGUUGCUUUCCUCCCACUGCACCCUGGUGAUCCACCCCCCAGAGCACAGCCCCACCUACCUCCUCAUUGGCACCAAGCAUGAAAAGGAUACAUGGCUCUACCACCUCACAGUGGCUGCGGGUGGCAGCAGUGCCAAGGUGGGCACUGCCUAUGAGCAGCUCAUUGGAAAACUGAUGGAUGGUGAGGGAGACCCAGAUUCCCCACUCUGGAGGCACCCCAUGCUGUGCUACAGCAAAGAUGGCCUGUACGCCUCCCUCACCACCCUGCCCUCGGAGGCCUUACAGACGGAAGCCCUCAAGCUCUUCAAGUCCUGCCAGCUCUUCAUCAAUGUGCCGGUGGAAGCUGCCUCAGUGGACUACCAUGUGUCCCUGGCCCAGACCGCGCUGCAGGUCUGCCUGGUUCACCCCGAGCUACAGAGUGAGAUCUACUGCCAACUCAUGAAGCAGACCAGCUGCCGCCCGCCUCAGAAGUACUCCCUCAUGCAGUGCUGGCAGCUCCUCGCUCUGUGUGCUCCACUUUUCCUGCCUCAGCAUCACUUCCUCUGGUAUGUCAAGCAGCAGCUCCAACGCCAUGCAGAUCCCAGAAAUGAAACUGGCCAGUAUGCCACCUACUGCCAGCGGGCAGUGGAGCGGACCCUGCAGGCCGGGGAGCGGGAAGCCAGGCCAUCACGCAUGGAAGUGGUGUCCAUCCUGCUGCGCAACCCCUUCCACCACUCCUUGCCCUUCAGCAUCCCCGUGCACUUUACCAAUGGGACUUACCAGGUGGUUGGUUUUGACGGCUCCUCCACGGUUGACGAGUUCCUUCAGCGGAUGAACCAGGAGAUAGGCAUGAGAAAGCCAUCCCACUCUGGCUUUGCCCUCUUCACGGAUGAUCCUUCAGGCAGGGACCUGGAGCACUGCCUGCAGGGAAGUGUCAAGAUCUGCGAUGCCAUCUCCAAGUGGGAACAAGCCCAGAAGGAGCUGCACCCCAGGAAGCCUGAGGGUGGGACACGUGUCGUGAAGCUGAUGUACAAGAACAGGCUGUACUUCCGCAGUCAAGUCAAAGGGGAGACCGACCGAGAACGGCUGCUCCUUGCCUCUCAAACUAGUAGAGAGAUAUUGGCAGGGAGGUUUCCUGUCAACAAGGAGUUGGCUCUUGAGAUGGCUGCCCUGAUGGCCCAGGUAGAAUACGGGGACUUGGAGAAGCCUGCCCUGCCAGGCCCUGGAGGCACAUCCCCUGCCAAGGCUCAGCAUCUCCUCCAGCAGGUCCUGGACAGGUUCUAUCCCAGGCGAUACAGACAUGGGGCCCCCCCUGAACAGCUGAGGCACCUGGCAGAUAUGUUGACCACAAAAUGGGCAGCAUUGCAAGGCUGCUCCCCUCCUGAGUGCAUCCGCAUCUACCUGACGGUGGCCAGGAAAUGGCCUUUCUUUGGUGCUAAGCUUUUUGCUGCUCAGCCUGCCCAGCUGUCUUCCAAGGAGAAUACUCUGGUGUGGAUUGCUGUGAAUGAGGAUGGUGUCAGCAUCCUGGACCACAACACUAUGCAAGUGCACAUCACUUACCCCUACUCUUCAGUGACAACCUUUGGUGGCUGCAGGGAUGACUUCAUGCUUGUGAUUAGAACUAUCCCAGACCAGAGCUCUGGAAAAAGCCACAUUGAGAAGUUGAUCUUCCGGAUGGCUGCUGCCAAGAUUGCAGAAGCUACCUUCAUCAUGGCCAGCUAUAUGAACCAUUGCUCUACAACUGUGAACCCACCCACCCACCCACCUGGAGCCCGCCAGCUGUGGGAACUGGAUGGACGACAGUUCUUUGCUUCUGUUUCCUGUGCUACCAAGGGGCCAACGUUGCUGUGAAUAUUUCUCCUACUGCAUUCCCCACCACCACUAGUGCCUCUGGAUUUAGAGAUACAUAUCCUGGAGUAUGAUACUACUGUGAUGGGUCUAACAGCCCCCCACCACUCUUGUUCUGUGAAAUGUGCAUUUUAGUGUCUGUGAAGCCUUUACUCUCUAGGUGCUUUAUAAUGUUUCAGGGCCCAGCUUUUUAAAAUCCAGACCCAGUGUUAAAACCACUUAUUCCUUUUUUUUUGUAAGAAUGACUCUAGAUGCUACCUGAUUCUAUAGACAGGGGUGAUCCACUAUUACUGAGGGCAUCAGUGCUAUAAGUUAAGGCUUUCUGCACUGAUACUCUCAAGGAAGCUUUUUGGGGGGGGGGAGGGGAUAGGAUAGGAUAGAGUCUAUGUUGCCCAGGUUGGAGUGCAGUGGCCCGAUCUUGGCUCAC